UAGUGCUGGUGGAUGCCUGAAGCAAGCAGAGGACAGGCCCGAAGCAGGCGGCUGGGAGGCGUGGGAACUAAAAGUCCAGUUUAACUUGAGGAGUGUGCAACUAAGUUUCCUGCUGGAAGAUGACCCCUGGGACAUGAAAUCUCUUGUCUCUGCUCCAGGUUUAGACCUAAUGACUCAGCUUUUGUCGGAGUGUUUUAAGAUGUAAUUUUAUUUCAGACAGGAUACAAGAUGUCUGUUGUCUGAUGCCACCAGCAGAAACCGGUCUGGUUUUUUUGGUAUUUUUUUGGCCAGGACUGAAAUGUGUAGCAGAUAGCUUAUAAUUGCCUUUGGUAUAACGUAUAAAGUAAAUUAUUGGCACUGGCCCUAUAUUUCAGUACCUACCCCAAUCAUUAUCUGGCCAGAAGAGACCAAAGAACAUCCUGUUUGAGAUGGGUGGAGCAGGUGUUUUAGUUUAACUUAGUGUCAGCGCCGUGGCUUUUUGUAGCUUAGACAGAAGAUUGUCCCUGCAAGCCAAGGUUUGCUACAGGACUUGAUGUCCAUGGGGUCACUGACAUGCACGUAGCUCUGACCUGAGGAGGACUCGAGCAACCCCUCUCUGAAGAUGAGGCUCUUCCGCAGACACUACGGUCCGCUGAAACUGGCUGUGGUGGGGGCCAUUUUUGUCAUCUUCCUCUUCAUCAUGCAGAGGGAUGUCGGGAGCGGGGAUCGCAGUGAGGAGCCCUGGCUGAGAAACAUCGUUGAGCGGAAGGACCAAGUGAUCGACAUGAUGAUGGGGGCGGUCAACAACAUUCGGGACUCCAUGCCAAAGCUGCAGAUCCGGGCGCCCGUUCAGCAAGAAGAGCCUUUGCCAAGCAGGAAGUCCUGCCUCCCGGGUUACUAUACGACAGCAGAGCUGAAACCGCUGAUGGAGCGGCCGCCCCAAGACCCAAACAGCCCAGGUGCCGAGGGCAAAGGUUUUAAGAAGGACCAGUGGACGCCGGAGGAGACCAAGGAGAAAGAGCGUGGCUAUGAGAAGCAUUGCUUCAAUGCCUUUGCCAGCGACCGAAUCUCUCUCCACAGGGCUCUGGGCCCUGACAGCCGACCUCCAGAAUGCAUCGACCAGAAGUUCAAGCGCUGCCCACCACUUCCCACCACCAGUGUCAUCAUUGUGUUCCACAACGAGGCCUGGUCCACCCUGCUCCGCACCGUGUACAGCAUCCUGUAUUCCUCUCCUGCCAUCUUACUCAAGGAGAUCAUCUUGGUAGACGAUGCCAGCACGGAUGAGUACCUAAAGGACGAGCUGGAUCUCUAUGUGAAGCAGCUGCAGGUUGUGAGAGUAGUGCGGCAGAAGGAGAGGAAGGGGUUAAUAACAGCACGGCUGCUCGGCGCCAGCGUGGCAGCUGGAGACGUUCUCACCUUCCUGGAUGCUCACUGUGAGUGCUUCCACGGCUGGCUGGAGCCUCUCUUGUACCGCAUUGUCGAGGAGCCCACUGCAGUCGUGAGCCCCGACAUUACCACCAUCGACCUGAACACCUUCGAGUUCUCCAAGCCCAUCCAGUAUGGCAAGCAGCACAGCCGGGGGAACUUCGACUGGAGCCUCACCUUCGGCUGGGAGGCCAUCCCGCCCCAUGAGAAGCAGAAGAGGAAAGACGAGACCUACCCGAUCAAGUCCCCGACCUUCGCUGGUGGCCUCUUUUCAAUCUCCAAGUCCUACUUCGAACACAUUGGCUCCUACGACGAUCAGAUGGAGAUCUGGGGAGGGGAGAACGUGGAAAUGUCCUUCAGGGUCUGGCAGUGCGGAGGGCAGCUGGAGAUCCUCCCCUGCUCCGUCGUGGGGCACGUGUUUCGCUCCAAGAGCCCCCACACCUUCCCAAAGGGGACGCAAGUCAUUUCCCGGAACCAGGUGCGCCUGGCGGAGGUCUGGAUGGACGACUACAAGGAAAUCUUCUACAGGAGGAACCAGCAGGCCUCACAGAUGGCCAAGGAGAAAACAUAUGGUGACAUUAGAGAGAGGCUCAAACUCAAGGAGCAGCUGCACUGCAAGAACUUCACCUGGUACCUCCAAACCAUCUACCCCGAGAUCUUCAUCCCAGACCUGACCCCCACCUUCUAUGGAGCAAUUAAAAAUGAAGGCACCAAGAGCUGCUUGGAUGUCGGUGAAAACAACCACGGAGGGAAGCCUCUGAUCAUGUACCCUUGUCACGGCAUGGGGGGCAAUCAGUACUUCGAGUACACGACCCAGAAGGACCUGCGACACAACAUCGGCAAGCAGCUCUGCCUCCGCUCCGGCUUCGGGCCGGUGGAGCUGGGAGAAUGCCACUUCAUGGGGAGAAAUUCCCGCGUGCCUGAAAGCGAGGCAUGGGAGCUGACUCAGGACCGGCUGAUCAGAAACGUGGCUUCUAACACGUGUUUAUCCGCAAGAGGCGAGCACCCGUCCAUGGCUUCCUGCAACCCGCUGGAUUUCCAUCAGCAGUGGUUCUUCACCUAAGGUGCCGUGCGAAGACCAAAGCCCAAGCGUGGACAGGGUGGCCCGUGAGCCCAUCUCGCUUGGAGUUAUCCAUCCCCAAGUGCACUCAGGAAAUGGAAGCUAAGACUUUUUCUCCUUUUAUUUAAAAGAGACUAAAGCCUUAAAUAUGCUGCAGUUCACAUUUGCCUUGAAGCCCAUUCUGUGCCUUUUGGGGGACUAAGAUGGCAUCAUAAUACAUGGAUGAGAUUUUGUUUGUAUCGUUUUUCCGAGAGACCGAGCAAACUCCCUGUUUGCGGCUACAUAAGUGUCAUAACCAUCAUGUAUCCGAAGCCAAGGAACUUGGGACCGUCUCCAUCAGGGCAGUAUCAGUUAAAACGCUCAAUCCCAUGCACCACCCCGGAGCGGCUGGAUUGCGAGCCACAAGAACCGGGGGAAGAGACCGAAUCCAAUAUCCCGCUGAGAAGGUAUUGCCAGCUGUCUCAUGCCAAAAAUGGUGCUUGCGGCAGCUACUUGUUGUUAUGCUCUUGCAGGUGGAAUAUGGUCAAAGGCAAAUCGGGGCCGCGUCAGGAAGCGUUGCAGGGGAGCGAUGUGCAGCAUCUUGUUGGCUCCUCUUUGCAGACACCCUAGCUGUUAACUCAGUAGGGGGUAACAGCUGCAUUCAAAUGCUGACGCUGGGGGGCACUGUUGCUGCGCGACUCCCCAGCCAUCGUGCAGUGUGUGCGUUGCCUCCGGUUGAGGUGCUCCUGCCAGCCCAGGGCGGCAAGGAGGACUGACCGCAUUGCAAAUGAAAGACCUCUCAGUACAGCUAAUCCCUGAAGGAGAGAUGAUUCAUCGUUUCUCCUUGACCCCUGCUGGGGCGCAGGUUGUCGAGAGAGCUGGCAGCGGCGCUGCAUCAUGGCACGCCUCGGGAGAUGGACUCUGUAGGAGCUUGCAAGAUGAUGCUGAUGGAUGGCAUUAAACAACAGACAGUCCCGUGGAGGGUAAAGGCGGGAGGAGUGCACAUGAAACUGGUUUAUCUGUUGCGGUGAAGCAGCUCCUGAUAACAGAUCGCCUGUGCCAGCAUGAUGAAACACUUGGUGCCACUUUUACUCUGGGCUGCCUGCUGUGAUUGCUGGGGUUUAAGAAAAGCUACUUUAAAAAAAAAAAUUCUUUAAAUCAGCAUCAACGCUUCACUUCUCAUGACCCUUCCCCUGCCAUGAUGCUGCCUCACCUGUUUUCCAUUAGAAAACACACAAGUGGAGGCGCUAGUAGCUUUCCUUAUGGGAUCCCUGGUGAGUCCAGCCCAGGAAGACCAUACUUUCUUCUGAGUUGGGCAAAGGGCACUGGACUUCUGGCUUAAACUCUCCUGGCAUUAUUGGUACCACCACCUUCCUCCACUUUCUACCUCCUGUUUCAAACCAUGCAGCUGAAUUUUUCUCUACUGGUGUUUUUCUUUUAAACCUCCAAGGGAAAGACAAUGCAGCCGCAAAGUGAACAGAAAAAAAUACCUUUUGUUUUUUAUUAAGUGUUUAGACUUGAAUACGGUAGUUGACACUAGUUUCCAGAUGAUUCUGCUCCUCCUGUAAGUCAAGAGCCCUCCCAGGAAUGUGGGAUGUGCCCUGCAUUUUGGAUCCACUUGGCAUGAACCUAAAAUAAAGAGACAUGGUUUUGUUUGAA